AUGACACUGUACAGUACAAGUCUCCCUGUUGGGAAUAAAGACUUCACUAAGGCAACAGUAGUUAUAAUUGGAGCGGGAAUCUCUGGGAUGUGCAUGGCUAUUGACUUGAUCAAGAAAAAUCAGUGUCGGAAUUUCGUUAUCCUUGAGAAGAGUAGCAGCGUAGGAGGAACGUGGAACGACAACAAAUAUCCUGGUUGCUGCUGUGACGUUUGGAGUAUUUUGUAUAGCUACUCCUUCGAGCAAAAUCCCAACUGGUCAAGAGAAUACUCCGGGCAAGAAGAAAUAUAUGCCUACCUUGUCGGUGUCGCUGAGAAAUACGGCCUAUACAAACACAUUCGCUUCAACUCCAGCGUCGAGGAGGCGAGGUGGGAUGAUAUCGAGUCAAAAUGGAAGACCACAAUCAAAGUGUCAGCUGGAAAAGAUAGCGAGUUCGUGAACUCAUAUAUUAUCAACUCUGAUUUCUUGAUAUCCGCUGUUGGUCAACUCAAUGCACCGCAAGAGCCAAAUAUCCCUGGCCUGAAGGACUUCCAAGGAAAGAUGAUGCAUUCUGCUCGAUGGGAUUGGAGCUAUGCUACGAAGGACAAAAGAAUAGCGAUUAUCGGCAACGGUGCGACUGCCGCUCAAAUCAUACCCGAAAUUGCGCCGACAGCAUCCCAUCUUACCGUUUUCCAACGCACUCCUAACUGGGUGAUUCCUCGACGUGAUGCACCGGUCUCUACCAUGCAGCAAACCUUGCUGAAAUAUAUACCUCCUCUCCGCUGGCGUAAGCGGGCCAUGCAGAUGGACUUUCGUGAGAGUUUCCAUGAAGCCAUUUUCGAUGGUGACUCGCAAUUCGCACAGACGAUUCGUGGCUGGAGUAAUGACAUUCUCAAAGCCCAGCUGGCAGAUAGGCCUGAGCUUUGGGAUGUCUUAACUCCCAAAUACUCCCCUGGAUGCAAGAGAAUCAUCAUUAGUGAUGACUAUUAUCCAACUAUCGGACGCGAUAAUGUGACUCUGGAGACUCGUGGUAUCACCAGUAUCACAAACAAAGGAAUCAAGAUUGAGGAUGAGUCUGAAGAGGAAUACGACCUGAUUAUCCUUGCGACCGGGUUCAAGACUGUUGAGUUUAUGUAUCCCAUCCAAGUAUAUGGGCACAACGGAAGACCGCUUGCCGAUAUCUGGAAAGACGGAGCAAUGGCCUAUAAAGGUGUGACUAUCGAGGACUUGCCUAAUUUUGGCAUGUUCUAUGGUCCAAACACGAACCUCGGCCACAGUUCAAUCAUUCUCAUGAUUGAGGCUCAAUCCAAGUAUUUGAAUACCAUGGUCGGGGAAGUGAUCCGAACUCGACAGCAAGGCCAGAGUCUAUCCCUCAGACCUACCCCAGCAAAAAUCAAGGAAUUCAAUGAUAAAAUUCAGAAGCUAUUACGGGAAAGUAGCUUUGCAGACCCGAACUGCAACAGCUGGUACAAGACGUCUGACGGAAUCAUCACCAACAAUUGGUCUGGCACAGUCAUUAACUACCAAGUUGAGAUGUCGUCUAUAGAAUGGCAGGAUUACAUCUCCGAAGGAUCAGGAAGGGAUUUGGUGGUCGACAAGCAGCCGACGUAUUUAGGAAGAGUUAGAGAGGAAACAUUCUUCUCCAACACAGCGUUGGUUGCUGGAAGUCUGAGUGCAUUGGCUAUUGCAGGAGGCUAUCUUGCAACUCGAUCAAGGCUGUUAAGAUCCCGGGUCCGUUGA